AUGGACUCUCCCCCUCCUUAUUGUUGUUCUUCUGGAACUGCCUCUUCCUCUCUUUCUCAACCAAUAAGUCUCGAAUUUGGUCCCCCUCCAAUUAGCCUUCAAAAUUUGUCUUCUUCAAAAGAAAAUUGGCCAAAAGAGGAAAUAAAUAAUGAAGGAAGAUUUAAUUCUUUUAUCAAAACCUCCAAACCUCCCCCAAAUCAUUUUAAAUAUGGUGGAAACCCAAUUAAAUUUGAUGAUUUAAUUUAUGGAUCUUUAAAUAAUUUUUGUUGGAAAAAUAAUGAAAAUAAAAAGACAAAAACUUCUUUAAUGAUUUUUAGUAGUUCUGAGGAUUUGACAACAUCUGAUUCUGAAAUUUGUAAAUAUUCUUCUAUUAAUAGAGGUGGUAGAAUAAAUGAAGGAAUUAAUGGAGGAAUGAUUAAUUUUGGCAAAUUUCCAUCAUUAUCAACAAUUUAUCCAAAUAAUUCUUCUCUUUCUUUGGAUGAUUCUGAACAACAAAAAGAAAUGUUAACAACAAGAAGGCAUUACAAUAAUGAAGGAGGGGGAGGGGGAUUAACUUUAAGUGAUUCUGAGACAGAAAUGACAACAAAUUAUUUAAUUAAAAAUAAAAAAGAAUUUAAUGGCCACAAUCAUUUAAUUAAUAAAUUAAAAAAACAAAAAACCCCACAAAGAAUUCCGGCACUUGAAAUGGUUGAAGUAAUUUUAAAUUGGACUUAA